AUGCUACAAAAACCAGUGCAUAUAAUUCCUGGAGAUGCAUUGGUAACCACUUGUGAAUAUGAUACAACCCAGAGGACGAAAGCCACUAUCGUGACUCCUUUCUUUCUUUCUUUCUUUCUUUCUUUCUUUCUUUCUUUCUUUCUCCCUCCUCACUUCUCUUUCUCAUCUUCAUUGUUAGCUGUUAGGCUAACUUUCUUCCUUCCUUUCCAUCUUAUUGUCUUUCUUUCUUUCUUUCUUUCUUUCUUUCUUUCUUUCUUUCUUUCUUUCUUUCGUAGUCUGUAUUUGCUCCAUUCUUUCUUCUCGGCUCCUAUUCUUUCUUUCUUUCUUUCUUUCUUUCUUUCUUUCUUUUUCUUUCUUUCUUUUCUUAUUUCAUUUUUUUGUUUUUUUCUUUCAUUCUUUUUCUCAGCUGCUUUUUCUUUCUUUUUUUCUUUUUCUUUUUUCUUUCUUUCAUUCAUUCAUUCAUUCUCCUCCUCACUCAUUCUUUCUUUCUUUUUUUUUCUUUUCUUUCUUUUUCUUUCUUUCUUUCUUUUUUCUUUCUUUUCCGAGUUUCUUUUUUUUUUUCUUUCAUUCUUUUUUCUCAGCUGCUUUUUUCUUUCUUUUUAUUCUUUUAGCUUUUCAAAAUUCAUUCAUUCAUCUUAUUGUCUUUCUUUCUUUCUUUCUUUCUUUCUUUCUUUCUUUCUUUCUUUCUUAUUCCGAGUUUCUUUGUUUUUCUUUCAUUCUUUUUCUCAGCUGCUUUUUCUUUCUUUUAUUCUUUCUUUUCAAAAUUCAUUCCUUUCUUUUCUUUCUUUUUUCUUUCUUUCAUUCUUUCUUUCUUUUCUUUCUUUCUUUCUUUCUUUCUUAUUUUAUCAUUCUUCUUCUCAGCUUCUUUUCAUUCUUUUUUCUUUCUUUCUUUUUUUUCUUUCUUUUCUUUCUUUCUUUUCAAAAUUCAUUCAUUUUGCUCCAUUCAUUCUUCUCAUUCUUUUUUCUUUCUUUCUUUCUUUUUUCUUAUUCCUUUCUUUCUUUCUUUUUUUUUCUUUCAUUCUUUUCUCAUCUUCAUUUUUCUUUCUUUUUCUUCUUUCUUUUCCAUCUUAUUUCUUUCUUUUCUUUUCUUUCAUUCUUUCAUUCUUUCUUUUUUUUUUUCUUUCUUUCUUUCUUUCUUUCUUUUCUUUUCUUUCUUUCUUUUCUUAUUCUCAGUUUGGUGGAUUUGCAAUCAGUGAUGAAAUGUGUGUCAGUUAUCUGCAUUACUAUCCUCUCUGCAAUCUGGAAGUCUGCAAAAGUUCCAUCGAAACCAAAUCCAUUGACAAUUGGUUGAAUUUCAUGAGACGAUGGGACAAAGACAAGACCUCAAAGGAGAAGGGUUACCGGGACAACUUUUAUUCCAUUCGGUGGACACCGUUGACAUCGCAUUUACUGGACAACCUGUUCCAAACAUCUCCUUUGUCCAUGCAAUGUAAUAAAUCAGACGGAACAAGAUUUCCGGGUCGGUGGGAAGGAACACCGCAGACACAAAUUAAAUUGCCUCUGCCGCCCAUCCUACGUAAAUGUCCUGUUGCUAUUAACCACGACCACAAAGCGGUCAUCGUACGCCAUAUUACAUAUGCAUCACAUAUUAUCACAACUCCUGUCCGAGUUAUUUCUUUUCUAUCUGUUUCCCCUUAUAAUCACGUUACUGAGAUUAUUUUCAGUGAGAUAUUUCUUUCAUUUUUAUUUCUCCUACUUAUAAGUAAUACGUCUAUCUCAGUUUGUUCAUAUCUAUCUAUCUAUCUAUCUAUCUAUCUAUCUAUCUAUCUAUCUAUCUAUCUAUCUAUCUAUCUAAUCCUGUCUAUUCAUAUCUAUCUAUCUAUCUAUCUAUCUAUCUAUCUAUCUAUCUAUCAUUAG